AUGUAUUCUUAUGCUCAAAGACCACCUGUUCGUUCGAUAAAUAUUUUUCCACCAUUGAUACCAGAAACUAUACCCGAUGUAAAUGUAUAUCUACCACAAAACUAUAUGGAACCUGCUUAUCGUCCCAUGCCAUUUUCAAAUCCAUAUUAUUAUUCUAGUCAAGAUAUUUAUAAUCCAUCAUGUCAUGAUAAUCGUUUACGACCAACUCAAAUCGAUACAAAUAUUCGCCGAAAUAAUAAUAGAGAAAUGAAUAAUGACCUUUAUGUAGAUGCAACAAAGUUCACUUGCCAAAGACAACACUCUUUUCCUCGUCUAACCAAAACAAAAGUUCAAACACACGAUUUUGUUCCAAAACUACAACAACGUAAAAUGAAUACACAAAUUUCAACUUACAAUUGUAAUGAUAUAGACGAUAUUGACUCAAAAUGUGUUACGAAUAACUUAUCCAAACAGCGAAUUAAUCAACAUUAUCUUUCUGAUGAAUGUGACAAUAAUGAGGAUGACGAUGAUGAGGAUGAGGAUCAACAGUUUUUGAUUAAACAACAUAAAAAAUGUGUACCUACUAGAAUAAGACAUCAUGUUUCACUCAAUCACCGAUGCGCAUCGGUUGCUUUUCACUCAGAUACGGUGCCUCUUCAUCAUUCAGCUGAACCUUACAUUCGUAGACGACCGAUCAUUAAAGAAGUCAUACCAAAAAUGAUAAUGAAAGCAAGAUAUGAUGAUCCAGCAUCAGUAUGUAAACCUUCAAAAAAAAAUAAAUCCGUAUUUGACGAACAUCGAACACGAAAGAUUAAAAUACGAUCUCUCUCACCUAUCUUCUAA